GGUCAUAAAGAUAAUGCUAGGUUUAAUUACAAAUAUUUGAGCAGGACUCUCUCAUUCACUAUCGAGGGACGCGCUGCCGUUCUUUUCGCCAUUUACGGGACUUCCCCUACCAAUCGUAAAGCCCUAAUAUUCCCCCAGCAAAGGGCUGGCGGUCCCGCCAUUCAGGGGGGUCGUGUGCGGCCCGUUCGUUUGCCUCCCGUUCAUAAUUCUAUAUUGUACCAGCGGGUGAAUAUAAAGCGUAUCUAGCAUGGAUUCGGCCCCGCGGGAGAUUCCAGGGUACUACUAUGACGCUGAGAAGAAGAAGUAUUUCAAAGUCCAGGCAAAUCACGCUGCACCAUCCGGAUCGAAGUACACAAGGGAUGACAUUAAAAAAAGAAAGGAGACAUCUUUGAAGCGAAAGAGGAUAGAAGAGCACUCUCAGCGCAUAUCGACGGAGACUAUCAAGAGGUCAAACCUGUUACAGUGUCCUCUCGGUGGCAAAUUGCUGCAGCGGGAGUAUGGCACGCUACCCUCCUCGAGGAGCUUUGUUUCCGAACACCGAGCCGUCGCAUGUGCAAGGCUGCUUUCUAGGAAUCGAUUGGUCGAUGUAACUAGCUAUGAUGCUAGAUUUCCCGUGUCGAGGUUCGCCAGGGACCCUUGGAGUGGAAACCUCUUAGUUGCGAUCAAUACGGCAUCGAAUUACAACCUUCUGUCUUAUCUUCCUAAGAAACAAAGUCGGCCCUGGCAGUACAGAUUGCAUCAGAGGCAGUGUAACUGUGCAAUGGUGGGAUAUGACUGGGUCACUUCGCUCUCAAUUGGUCCAACCGGCUGGCUUCUUGUUUCGUCAAGCAAUCCAAGCGGUGAAAGCGUUCAUAUUUCAACUUCUAGACUCACAAACCAGUUGGAUGGCCGGUCCGCGACUCAAUACGUCGUUGAUACCACAACCACGUUUUGCUACCCCGGUACUAUGGUAUGGUGUUCCGCCCCGUGCCCAAGUGCAACAGAGAGCAUAUUUGUAGUUGGAAAAUCAAGUAAUCUGUUAUUUAUCACCGGGAUUGAUUCACACUGGAACACGCAAACCGUCAGGAUGCCGAAUACUGCUGAUAUCAUGGCUGUUGAGUGGCUGACCCCUCGAGUGGUAAUGGCCGGGAUGACCAACUCCCUGGUGCAAUUCUAUGAUUUACGUAGCCAGGAUACCGCGACGAGACUCCAACAUCCACACGGUGUAUAUAAAAUUCGGAAGGUAGAUGAAUGGCGGAUUGUGGUGGCAGGGGCGAAGAAGAAUCUACAUAUGUACGAUCUCCGCUAUGGCCCCAGCGGCAUUACAACACGUCCCCAACCCAACAAACCCAGUCACAUCUCGACAGAACCCUACCUCACGUUCCACGGCUAUGAAAACGACCAUUUAUCGCACGAUGAGCUAGACAUCAGUCCCGAAACUGGUCUUCUCGCCUGUAGCUCCCCUUCCAACAAGAUCCAGCUCUUCUCCCUCAACACUGGUAAACUUAUCAUGCCUCCACCCCUCAUCCCCUCUCUUCCCUCUUCCUUCCCAUCCGCCCACAUCCAACCACAAGCACGCCAGCGCAGGGCUGCCGAAGUUUCCAAUCCCAAUCGUAGAGACGUACCUAUUACCCACUAUCUAUAUCCGGACAAGAUUACCUGUCUACGUUUCGAGAAUCUAACGGAGGUGCCAACGGCAAAUGGCGCAGGAAAUACGGGGAAGCCGAGUUUGCUAGUUAGCGCAGGACCUAUAGUUGAGGAGUGGCGGAUGUGAAAACGAUUUUGAUACGAACUUGGCUUGACAAAAAAAAAGGCAUGAAUACGCCUAGCGAGAUGAUGGAAUUUAUUUUCCUCGUUCUUUUCUCAAUCGUUUUAGUGGAGGUCAACUGGGGAAAGCAUUCGAUAUAUGUACGAUUUUGACUUUUUGCAAUUUUAUAUUUGGAAGGUGUUUUGUGGCGAAUUCAAAGGGAUUAGGGAUGGAACUAAUAAAAACGGGGAUAUUGGGGUUUACGAGUCCAGGAUUCUUUGAAAUAUUCUUAUUCUGUGUCUUUGGGUGGUCAUUAUGGUCAUCUUCAUCAGCAUGCAUACAAAACCAAGUUUGCAAUGGGUUGGUUUGGAGGGGAGAGUGUGGGCCGGGCGUGUUAGUUUUUUGUAAAUAUGCUGUGAAAAAUCAUUGCACUGGUUGUGUUUCUGCUGACCCUGGAGGAAUACAGAGGACUCCAACGCACAUGAAGAAGUCAGAUCUGGGAACAAGAUGGAAAUUUCCUACUGCCUCCUAGGAGGAGGGAACGCAAAAUCUAAGCCGCCAGACUACGCCUUGGAUUAUAUACAUAUCGUGUUACAUCUUAAUCUAACCAUAAAACAUAAAACCCAUGCACAUACAAUUAUUCUACACCUACAUUCCCCUCUCCUCCGGAAACUCGUCCGCAAGCUUCAACCGCGCAACGACAUUCAUGCUAAAAAGCUCUUGCACCAACAACUUCGCCGCGUAUGGGAUAACCAUCUUCACAACCCCGCGCGACGUCUUACACCGCUGACACCACCCCAAAUACCCCAUAAACCCACAACUCUCACAGACAUCUACCUCAUGCCGAUCAGACGAAAUCAUCAACCGCUCCAACAGUAACUGGCUAGUUCCAUAUGCAAUCAGACAAUCACGCUCCAUCUCGCCCAGCCGCAGGCCACCAUCCCGCGACCUUCCCUCCGUCGGCUGUCGCGUUAAGAUUGCCCGCGGCCCACGCGCCCGCGAAUGCAUCUUAUCUUGUACCAUAUGCUUCAGCUUCUGGUAGUAGAUGGGUCCCAUGAAGACAUACGCCGGGAGCGGUUCGCCCGUGAUGCCGGAGGUGAGGUAAUCCUUGCCACCAUACGAGAAGCCAUGGUCGACAAGGAUAGCGGACAUUUCCUCCACGGGACUGCCGCCGAAGGCAGUCCCAUAGCCGAACUGGCCGGAGAGAAUGCCCGCUUUGCCCGCGAUGAGCUCGAGCAUUUUGCCCACUGUCAUACGUGACGGAAAACCGUGCGGGUUCAUGAUAAUGUCCGGGACGAUUCCGAGGUCGCUGAAGGGCAUAUCUGCGUAUUCGGCGAUGAUGCCGACGACGCCCUUUUGGCCGUGGCGGGAGGAGAAUUUGUCACCGACUUCCGGCACACGGGUUUGGCGCGUCUGGACUUUGAUGAGCUGAUUUUCGGCCUCGGUGGCGGAGAUCAUGACCUUGUCGAUAUAGCUGGGGUCGGGGAGUUUGUACGUUUGUGGGGAAGGGAUGUAGGCGAUGGGCCUGCCGGCGUCUGAACCUGUGAUGCCAGACGAUAGCGCGUUUUCCGGUGUGACUUUGUUGAUAUACACUUCACCCUGGUUUACCUUUUCGCCGACGGCGGCAAGGCCGUCGCUGUCGAGGAGGGCGUGCUUGCGGAUUGGCAGGCCGUUUUCGCGGUCAGGGCCUUUAAGUUUAUCCUUUGUGCCGUUGGAGUAGCUUUUGAGGUUUGUGGAGUAUUUGCGGAAGACCUGACAGCGGCCGAAGCCGCGGUCUACGGAGCUCUUAUUUAGGACGAGAGCGUCCUCAAUAUCGUAGCCGGAAUAACUCAUGACAGCAACGGUUGCGCUUUGGCCGGCGGGGAGCUUGUCGUAUUUGAUCAGCUCGAUCGUUCGGGUUUUCACCAUGGGCUUUUGCGGGUAGACCAUGGUGUAGAGGAGGGAGUCGAUGCGAAGGAAUUGGUUAUUGGCAAUAGCGCCUAUGGCUUGUUUACCCAUAGCGCAUUGGUAUGUGUUUCGGGGAGAUUGGUUAUGAUGUGGAUAAGGGAUGAGGCCGGCCACAGCGCCGAGAAUGGUAAACGGUUCGAUUUCCAAAUGCGUCGUGCUAUCAGUAAUGUCCUCCUCAUAUACGGCGAUAUAAGAGUCGUUUUCCUCAUUGCAAUCCAGAUACUCUACUAGGCCAUGAGCCAAGAAGUCGUCAAAUUCCAUUGACCCGCUCCUGAGCGCCCAGAGAUGGCUCUUGGUUACUUUGGAUUUCCC